GCCAUCCGGUCUGAUGACGCGCGGGAACGCGAAAAAGAAAAGAAUCUGGUUGGUCGGCUGUGGUUGCAUUUGGCUUAUGUGUAUAGAGAAUUGGGCGAAUUCGAUGUGCUCAGUGGACUGUUAAGCGGCGACAGGGGCCAAGGACAAGGGCUGCUCUCUGACACCAUGGGGAAUGAAAUGAGAGAGGCGCUAAAGGCGGAAGGCGCCAGUGAUUGGGUUAAAGCCGAAAAGAGCUUCCAAACACUGCUGCACAGAGGAGCACAGUCAGAAGACGCCAAGUCACAGACAGCACAAACUGCGUUUGUGAUGAACGGCUACUGCGACGCAGCGGCACACCUCACGCGGUGGGAUGCACUGGUGCACGAAGUGGCGGAGCAUUACAGUGCCUUCAGUCCACCCUUCA